AUGGCCUUCGUCUCUGCAACCUCCGCCGCCUCCGCCUCCGCCACCUCCUUCCUCUCCGUCCUGUCCCCAGAUCGCAGCGUUGGCGCGUGCGUCUGCCCGCGGCGCCGGCAGCCGUUCUCAGCUCCGUUUCACGCGGCGAAGGGCCCCAACUCGGCGCCGGUGGUGUUGGAGAGCAAGGCUAAGGGAAAGAAGAAGAAGGGGUCCGGCGCCGGAAACCUCGCCGGAGCCCUCGACGUCGAGAUCAGGGAAGCGCAAGAGUACCUCGACAGCGACGAGCAGGAACCUGUUCCAGACAACUUCCCAUUUGAAAUAAUUGACGAAGAUGGUAUGAGCGUGGUUAUUUUGAGAAGGGACUACAAGGAUGAGAAGAUUGAGGUUACUGUCAGCAUGCCUAAUUUAGAAGGAGGCCCUGAAUUUGAUGAUGAGGAUGGUGAGGGCGAUGGUGAGAGUUCUGCCAAGGAUGAUGAAGAAGCAGAAGAAGAUGAUGAGAGUGCCGGAGAUAGCAGCAUUUCUCUUAAGGUGGUAGUUUCCAAAGACUCUGGCCCAAAGCUUGAGUUCACAUGCACAGCCUUUCGUGAGGAGAUCACCAUUGAUGAUAUGCUAAUAGUAGAGAGAACAGACGAUGAUGGAGAAGAGAAGUUCCCUUAUGAGGGCCCUGAGUUCACCGAGCUCCCUGUGAAUGUUCAGAAAGGCCUGUUCAAAUACUUGGAGCAAAGGGGGGUAACGCUGUCGGCUACCAACUAUAUGCACAACUACAUGGUGACUAAGCAGGCUCAGGAGUACAUCCGGUGGAUGACUAAGCUGAAGGAUUUCGUCAAGCAAUGA